UCCCGGGAUAUAACCCCCUGCUUCAUGGAACCUGGAAGCUCAGUGCUCCCCAAACCAUUCUUGUCUCGCUGACCCAACCAGCCCAGAGCCCCUCUCUGAACCCAGGAUUCCUAUUCCCCCAGCUCCCUGAGACCAGAAGGCAUGAGGCAGCUCCAAACCCUGGCCCUCUUCUUUCUCCUCCUUCAGUUUGGAACAAAGGAGGCAGAGUCAACUACAGCUUGUGGUCAGCCCCGAAUGCUGAACCGAAUGGUAGGAGGCCAGAAUGCCCAAGAGGGGGAAUGGCCCUGGCAGGUCAGUAUCCAGAGGAAUGGGACCCACUUCUGUGGAGGAAGCCUCAUAACGGAUCAGUGGGUCAUGACAGCAGCUCAUUGCUUCUCUAAUACCUCGGAAACUUUCCUGUACAAGGUUCUACUAGGGGCCCAGCAGUUGGUGAAUCCUGGGCCUCAUGCCAUGUAUGCUCGAGUAAAGAGGGUGGAAAGCAAUCCCCAGUAUCAGGGCAUGGCCUCUAGUGCUGACGUGGCCCUGGUCCAGCUGGAGGCUCCAGUGACCUUCACUGACCACAUCCUGCCUGUGUGCAUUCCCAGCCCUGAGGUCAAGUUUGAGGCAGGGAUGAACUGUUGGGUCACAGGCUGGGGCAGUCCCAGCGAGCAAGAUAACCUGCCCAGCCCCCAAAUUCUACAGAAGUUGGCAGUGCCCAUCAUUGACAGACACAAGUGCAACAUCCUCUAUAACAAGGACUCAGAGCAUGGAGUGCUACCCAAAACCAUCCAAGACGACAUGUUGUGUGCUGGUUACGCAGAGGGGAAGAAAGAUGCCUGCAAGGGUGACUCCGGGGGACCCCUGGUCUGCCACAUUGGUGACUCUUGGCUCCAGGCUGGAGUGAUCAGCUGGGGAGAAGGCUGUGCCCGCCGCAACCGGCCAGGAGUCUACAUCCGAGUGGCUUCCCAUCACGCCUGGCUCCACAGGAUCAUCCCAGAACUGCAGUUCAAGUCUGGCUCUGACAGGAAGAGGGGGCCCCGGGGCCAACAGACCUCCAAACUAAAUUUUGCUCCUGGCUUGGCCGCCCAUACCCUGCUCCUCGGCCUCACUGUUCUGCUCACCUUUUGAGCCGAACCAGACCCACCUGGGCCAAGGCAGAGGCCUGAGGAUUAGAGGCUCUGGCCACUCGAUUGCCUGUCCGUGCUUGGCCCGCCCUGUUAGCCCACGGGAAUGUGAACUGAAAGGGAAUCUGCCUGGAAACUUCAGAGCCCAGACACUGGAGCUAGUGAAAAGGAGGAUCCCACUGCUAUUCUACUGGGAGCAUGCUCCCUUAAGGGCAGGCUGGCACUGCAGGGAGUAGCCAGGGUACCAUCUUCCCUUCACAAGUCAACACUGUAUAUUUGUAAAUAUCCCUUCUGUUCUUCAUAAGCCUAUUUUUAUUAUAUUCGCCCAUUAAUAAAGCCCACAUUCUCCAUUC